GGUCACACUAGUUCGCAUUGUACCCCCGGAGAGGAAUUUGUGAAGAGAAAAACCGAAAUAAACGACAAAAACAGCCUCAGUUGAUAAAUUGCAUUUACCAAUUCCAGAAAUAACCCAUAGCCACAUAGACGUAUACUGGUGAUGUCUGCUGCGCUACGCUCUAAAGUUAUAGCCCUCUACAAGCACUUGCAAUAUUUGGGCCGGGAAUAUCCCGGCCUAAAUGGACCCGAGAAGUUUCGCAAGCAAGUCCAUGAUGCCUUUAUGAAUCACAAAGAUGAGAGCGAUCCUAAGAAGAUAGUGGCUCUAUUAGCGCAGGGACGCUAUUUGGCCAAAGAAGUGGAGGCACUAUAUUCGUUAAAAAAGUAUCGAAGUGUGAAGCAACGUUAUAGCUACAAUGACUAAGGCGGAAGCGAGAGGCGAAAUAAUGACCCAAAGUGGGAGGGAAGUGAAGGCGAAAGGCGGAAUUUUAAAUUGAAAUUCAAGGACUGACAAGCAUGCAAAUGGAGAAGAGAACCAGCGAUGGUGGAGAACGAGGAGAAGGAAACGCUUUUUGUUAUAAACAAAUUCGAAUGUCUUGUCAAAAGUGAAACAUGAAACCAGACUGAGCGAAUAAAUGCGAAAAGAGUAAAAAAAAGAGAAAACAAAAUACAUAAUUGUCAUUGAGUAAGCCAAAUAUAACUAAA